GACUGACUAGCCGUUCGAACGAGCGACCGUGCACGCACACGCCACAUGUGUACGGAAAAGCGCAGCCGAUUUUGCGUUAGUUGUGAUUUAGGCUCGGACCCGAUCGAAUGCUGUACUGUGAAAACCGGGCGGCUCGCGACCAGAGUGAAGUUUUUUGUUCGUCUCCUACGUCACAGGACGGAAGUGUCCAUAAGCUAGAAGUGUGUGAUUAGGCUGCAACAAGUGAAUGUGAAUAAUAUGUGGGGUAGAAAAAAUUGUUUCACCACAAUGCCUGUAAGCUGGUACUGUACUAGGAGUGUGCUGUGUGUGGUACUAUUGUGCUGGGGAGUUUUUACGUCGGUCAGCAAUGCUCACAAAAUCGAGGAAAGUGAAACAGCCGGCAGCAAUACGGUUGCCGCCCGCUCGAUACCCAUCACCUCCUACCAGGAUCCAACCCACGAUCCCUCCUCGCAAUCGGCCGAAACUACGUCCGCCCUCAGACAGGACUCGAAAGCCCUGUACCGCGUCAGCUGCCCCGGGCUGAGCGAAUGCGUCCCGCUGGCCGAAUGUCCCGAGCUGCUGCUGGAAAUUUCGCGCCAAUGUUACCGUGGUGACUUUUCGCUGUCGUGCGGCGUUAACGAGUACGAACCGCACGUCUGCUGCCCCCGGGCAGCGUCCCCAGCGUUUAACGAUCCGCGCGCGACCGCUGCGUGCGGGAAGAGUAUCGUUCAAGGCGACUUCUACAACGGGCUCGGGGCGUACCCGUUCGUGGCACGCAUCGGAUUCAAAAAUACGAAAACGGGAACGUUCAUCUUCCCCUGCUCCGGCUCUAUUAUUGCGCGGCAGAUCGUUCUGACGUCGGCACACUGCGCCCUGGCCAAGGCCGACAGUCACCGGCUAUCAUCCGUCCGCGUCGGUGACUACGACACGCGUACCGAUCCGGAUUGCGGAAGUACGGGAUUUUGUGCGCCGGUCGCGGUCAACCACGCCGUCAGCCAGAUCAUCGUCCAUCCGGACUACAUCGAGGGUCAGUACCAUCAUGACAUUGCGCUGCUAGUACUCCGCACGCCCAUCAACUACACCGUGGCCGCACAACCGAUCUGCCUUCACGGGCGCAAGCAGGAUCUGACGGUGGGCCGUCGGGUGCAGAUUAUUGGCUGGGGAAAGCUUUCCACCAGCGGUACGAAAUCGCCCGAACUGCAGAUGCUGGAAGUUCCGCUCACGUCGUGGGACAAGUGUGUCCGAGCGUACGCCUCAACCGGUGCCCUACAGUCUCCACAAUCGAUCGACGGGGAGUGGAUGUGUGCUGGGGGGGAGGGGCGGGAUGCUUGCCAUGGGUUCGGUGGGGCACCGUUGAUCAUACGGGAUCAGGGCCGGUACGCACAGAUCGGCAUAAUGUCGUUCGGGGCGGAGACUUGCGGUGCGCUGAACAUGCCAAGCGUUUACACGUCCAUCGCGCACUACGCGCCCUGGAUUGAGGCAAACUCACCGAAAGCGUUCGUAUGAGAGGUGGUGGUUUUCAGUGUACAUAAUUAAGAG